AUGUUUUCAAAAGUUAUUUUUUAUGUGAUAUCAAUUAAUUUUAUUUUAGUUAGAGGGCACAUACAGUUGCCUGUACCGAAUGAGGCGUUAGAUCAAAAUCUUUAUAGAGAUGUGAUUGAUCCGGAGUUAUGUAGUGAACAAAUUGCCCAAAUAAGAAACAAUACGUUACUCUCGAUGUCCUUUGCCGAUGCUGGUAUCAGGGUACCACGAGGCGUACUUACAGGCAAUACUCUUGAUUUGGGUAAUUAUCACCAAUGCCUCGGCAUUAACCAGAUUACAGACACAAACACCGAACUCCAAGGGAAAUACUGUAUGAUUCGUGUACCAAUGAAUCAAAGUUAUCAUUUUCCUGAAGACUUCGAGAUUCCAAAUUUUGACCCAAGACUUCUACAGUUGGAUGAUGAAACUGUAGCGACUUUGAAGGCAUACUACGCAUCCAGACAAGGGAUGUUGGCGAUGUCAGGUAUUUUUAAUGACGAGAGGGUCGUUUUCUCAAUAAUUGGGUUACUUACUCUUGUCAGUACUACUUUUGAUAUCUGGCAAACGAUUAUUCUGAAAAAAGAUCCUAAAACAGUGAGUGUUAUUGGUAGAUCAUUUUCUGUAUAUACAAAUGGUCGUCGUGUAAUGACAUUUAGCUCUGGAGCCAACACGAUUGAAUGUUUGGACGGCAUCAGAGCUCUAGCCAUGAUGUGGGUGUGCGUCGGUCAGACAUGGUAUUUAGCGAUAGACGUCCAGCUUCACAUCUUAUCUCCAAUUCUUCUAUACUGGGUCCUAAUGGGAAGGAAGAAGAUAGCCUGGGCCGCUUUGUUAGCGGGGCUUGUAGCUAUUUUAACAGCGGCUACUACUUAUAAUUUUAUCAGAGAGUUUCCCUCUACAAUGAUGGGUCGCCCAGAGCGAACGAUGGAUUACUCAGUCAAUUAUUACAUGAACACAUUGACUCGAGGCUCUCCGUUUUUAGUUGGCAUGAUCUUCGGGUAUUUAGUGAGAACUGAAAAACUUGUCAUGUCCAAGAUCACCACAGCAUUUUACUGGAUAGCAGCGUUUAGUUUGUCAACCUUGUUGAUGUACACAAACUAUCCUAUAGCACAGCCGGAUUGGGACAAUCAACUAGGGGAUAGUCUGUACAACUCUUUCGUCAGACCUCUAUGGGCUUUAUACCUUGGCUGUUUGAUAUACGCUUGUGUCAAUGGUUACGGAGGUCCAAUAAAUUGGUUUUUAUCACUUAGUGUGUGGAAGCUACAAUCUCGAUUGUCGUAUGGAAUGUAUUUGUUCCACUAUGGUUUGAUGGUUGCUGUCAACUAUACUGCGGUAUCACCGAUGUAUUUCUCUGUGGAAUCUGUGUUGUUCAAGUUCCUCGCUCACUAUGCGUUGUCCUUCGCCGUCACAUUCCUCAUGGUGCUGGUCAUCGACGCACCCUUCUCUACAUUAAUCAAACUCAUAUUUACCAGUCCAAAGAAACCCACCAAAAAAGAAUUCGAUGAAGAACCAACAAAGGAGAUGGAUAAAACAGUGUAAAAUGCUAUAUAAACA